AUCAGCCUGGAGAAGUGCUGAGGUGCAAAUUUGCAUUUGCAGAGCUUCUGCUUCAUGACUUUGUCCUUAAAUGCAAGCCUGGAGUGAUUCAAGUGAGUUUCCACCCCUAGGAUGAGAUUUUCUUCCUCUUAAUGCUCCAGGAUGAAGUGUCCAAGUUGUUCUGCAGUGUCCAAGUUGUUCUGCAGUUAGAUCAGCGUUACCCAUUCCCUGCUCGUGUGGGAAGCAGCUCCAGUAGAGAGGGGCAGCAUCAGCCAGAAAUGAUCCAGGCAGCCCCUGAGCCUCCCUCCAGGGCUGUGAAGGAAAGGGAGAAAGGGAAAAGCUCCCCAAGCAUCAAGAGCUCUCCAGCCACAUGUGCACAAAAAUCUCUUCUCUGCCACGUGACGGAGGAAGAGGCACAGAUCCAUUACACAAUAAUAAAAAUAUGCCUUUGGCAACGUGGAGCCAAAGUGGAGCUGCUGCAGGAAACUCAAACUACGCACCAGAAGGAGUAAAACAGGGAUAAAAAGGACCAAAGUCAAUCCUGCACAGCCCUCCCAGGACCUGCUGAGGCAGGACAGGGCUGGGGAUCUGCAGCAAAACAUCUGCCUGAAGCCCUGGGGGCUGCCAGCGCCCGUCAGGAUCUCACUGGGGAGAUCAGGCUGGUUUGCACAGCAGCCACGCCAGCGGUGCCACAGCCGCUCCCAUCCCGUCCCACAGGCCGUGCCAUGAUCUCGGCCGCGCUGCUCCUCUGGACGGUGCCCUGCGUGGCCAACCACAUCCUGGGUGGCUCUGGCAGGAGGGAGCUGCAGGAGGGUGCCCAGCUGGCCUGCAGCCUCCCAGGGCCCCCCGGACCCCCCGGGCCCCCCGGCGUGCCGGGCCCCCCGGGCACCGUGGGCAGGAUGGGCUUCCCUGGCAAGGACGGCAAGGACGGCCAGGACGGUGACAAGGGCGAGCACGGCGAUGAAGGUCCCCAGGGCAAAACAGGAAACCCUGGCAAGCCAGGCCCGAAGGGGAAAACAGGAGACCUUGGCAAGGCAGGGCCCCGGGGGCCCAAGGGAUUAAAGGGAAAUCCUGGGAAAAUCGGGGCCCCGGGCAAGAAAGGGCCCAAAGGGAGCCAGGGCGAGCCGGGGCUGCCAGGACCCUGCAGCUGCAGCGGCAGCAGGGCCAAGUCUGCCUUUUCUGUGGCAGUGUCCAAGAGCUACCCCAGGGAGAGGCUGCCCAUCAAGUUUGACAGGAUCCUGAUGAACGAGGGCGGCCACUACAACGCUUCCAGCGGCAAGUUCAUCUGCAGCAUCCCGGGGAUUUACUACUUCACCUACGACAUCACCUUGGCCAACAAGCACCUGGCCAUUGGGCUGGUGCACAAUGGCCAGUACAGGAUCAAGACUUUUGAUGCCAACACUGGGAACCACGACGUGGCCUCCGGCUCCACCAUCCUGGCACUGAAGCAGGAGGAUGAGGUGUGGCUGCAAAUCUUUUACUCAGAGCAAAACGGGCUCUUCUAUGAUCCCUACUGGACAGACAGCUUGUUUACUGGAUUCUUGAUUUAUCCUGACCAAGAUUAUCUCAAUGAAGUGUAGGAUGAGAAACUAUGGGAGAAAAUAGGAAAUGGGCCUCAGUCCAACAGCGUGGCCUUGCAUGGGACAUGUCUGGGAUUAUCAGAUGAUUCCACAUUUUCCUAUGGGAUUAUCAGUGGAUUUCACCCUGUAUGGGCUAUCUAGACUUUUCCUUGGUGCCAUCAAACCCACAGGGUACCUUCCAGGCUUUCAGCAGCCUCAUGAAUGUCUCCAUCCCAAAGCCACUGUUAUAUAUUCCAUGAUUAUUCCAAUGGACAUGGACAUAUGACUCAAAUACUGGUGCAGAAUGCUUUGGCUAUUGCAAUGUUAUAAUAAAGCAUGGAAACCAACAGUCCUUUCCUAAAGCUGAGCUGGGAAGUGCCAUUGAUGCUGGAGGUUGUGUCACUGGGCCUCCUCCCCUACACCCCAGCACAAUCCUUGCUCAUGGAAUUGGGCUUUGCCAGCCAGUUCAGAGUCUGGGAUUUGUCAGCUGGAGUUGGAAAAGUCCCUCCCAGCCCCAUCAAGGCAGUUCUAACAGCAAAGGCUUCUGGUUUGCACAAGAAGUGAUUAAAAGGUCUUGUUUUUAAGUUUCAGGGCACAAAGUGGUGCUCUGAGCACCAUGGAGUCCCUCAGAG